UGUGGUCAUGGACUGUUAGACAACUCAGCGCCAGUAAAGAGGCUCUCUGAAUUGAAAGACGCGAGCUGAACACACACACUGUUCACUCUUUAAGGAGAGAAAAGCAAAAUGAUAGACCUUGCUGUCAAGGUUUUUCUGCUUUGCUGCCUGUUUGAAGGCAGUCGGUGCCAGGAUUGGGCGACCUUCAUGCCGACCAGCGUGGAGGGUCUGGUCGGCUCCUGCGUGAAGAUCCCCUGCGGGUUCACCUUGCCUCCUGAACGGGAGGCUGACUUGGACGACACCUGUCGAGCCAUAUGGAGGAAGGGCUACUACAGGACGGUUGUGUUCGACUCCAGCCGCACCGGGGAGAGGACCGACUCGGACCUCCUGCAGGGAAACCUCACCGGGAACUUGAAGGAUCGGGACUGCACCACCAUCCUGCACAACGUGUUGUCCAAGCAUGACGAUUAUUAUUACUUCAGACUGGAGUGUGACGACGUCAAGUUCAACUUUUUCGACACUAGUGUGACUUUGAACAUCAGAGACUCUCCCCCCAGGCCCGACAUCGUGGCCAACAACGGCGAUAUAAAGGAGGGCGACACGCUGACGUUGCAGUGCAAGGCCCUCGCUCAUUGUCCCUUGCUGCCUCCCGCUCUGACGUGGACGCCACGGCUGGCCGACAUCCAGGAGACGCUGGAAGGACCCGAGGUGAUGUCUGUGAUGGCGGUGACCGCCACUUACCUCCACAACAAUGUCGAGGUCUCCUGCACGGCGCGCUACACGAGACAAGAUGGACGACGCGACAUCACCCAGAGGAGUUUGACCCUUCGUGUUGGCUACGCUCCAAAGAACACAUCAGUCAGCUACGUGAGUCCUGUGACGGAGGGCACUUACAUCACGCUGACCUGCAACACCGACGCCAACCCAGCUGUGGACAGCUACACCUGGUACCAAGUGGACGGCGGUCAGGUGAAACCGGUGGGAUACAGUCAACGACUCUACAUCAAGGUCACAGAGGACACAAUCAGCUUUUACUGCAGAGUCCAUAACAGAUAUGGAUACCAGAACUCAUCCAGAACGCUGAUAGACGUGCAAUUUCCUCCCAAGGAAACAACAGUUAUCUUCGAGCCCGCUGGUCCGAUUGUGGAGGGCGACGCUGUGCUGCUGCUGUGUCAAAGCCGGGCCAAACCGCCUGUGUCCAACCAUGACUGGUUAAAAAACGGCAACCGAAUACACAACGAGACGGACGGGGUUUUGAUGUUGGAACGUGUGGAGGAGAGAGAUCGCGCGCUCUAUCGCUGUAGAGCCAUAAACCAGUUGGGAGAGGACCUCUCGGUCGCCGUUCAGCUGGACGUUGAAUAUCCUCCUAGAAACACUUUGGUGGCGGUGUAUCCGUCCGGCCCGGUCCCAGACGGCAGCACUGUGACUUUAAGGUGCACGAGCGUGGCCAAUCCAGCAGUGGCCAACUUCACGUGGUACAGAGUGGCUGCCGGGGAGCGUGAGGUGAUGGGCCAGGGAGAGGCGAUCUCCUUCAACGUGAAAAAACUUUCACAGGAAGACUUCUACUGUCAAACUGUCAACGUCCACGGCCUUGACGUCUCUGAGCCUCUCAACAUCAAUGUCACAUUCCGGCCAGAGAUCCUGGCCUCGUCCCACUGCGAAGACGUCUCAUCCCAGACACGAUGCUCCUGUGACAGCCGGGCCAACCCGCCCCCUUUGCUGCGUUGGGAGUUAUCCGGGGUGCCUGUCAAUCAAUCUGCCAUCACGGAGGUGGCCCUCGAGGGCGGGGCCACGACCAGCGUUGUCACUCUCCAGCUUCCGGACGGAGACACCUUUUUGUUGGUCUGUUUCAGCGUCAACCCUCUAGGCUUGGACAGUGUGGCCUUCAACACGUCCUCCCCUCGCAUUGAAAACGGUCGGUACAGUCUGGGGGUUCUGGUCGGUUCCACCGUGGGAGUGUUAGCCAUGCUGUUCUUGAGUCUGCUGAUGUUCUUGUACAUUCGCAGGAAAACCAAAGGCAACUUUCCAGCCGAUCAACGACGCGCAGACAACGCCGCCCGCUUCCUAGUGACAAACGAGAGCAACUCGGGCUACGUCAACGCCACUUACACCAACAACGUGGCGAAGGUCGAAGCGCCCGUGGAGGAGGACGAGCUUCACUACGCCGACGUCAAACUGGCCAAACUGCAGGCGAAGUCAGACGGCGAGCCUGAGAUCCGAGGCCUCUCCUCCAUGACGGGCGAGUACGCCGAGAUCCGACUGCGCCCGAAGGGCAGCGAUGGCGGCGGAGGAGAAGAAGCCGGCAUCCAAACUGGGGAGGAGGAGGAGGACGGAGCAGCGAGCGAGGAGGUUUUGUUUUAGGAGCACCAAGAACAGAAAAGUCCACUUCGAUUUUUUUUCUAUUUUUUUUUUGUCUGUUUACAGAAAAAUAUUUAUUUUAAUUAUCCAUAUAUUUGGUUUCCCAGCCAAAAAAGGCUUGUACACUGCAAAAACUGAAAUCUAAGUAAGAUGAAAUAUCUCAAAUAAGGGUGAUUUUUGCUUAUUUUCUGUCUAGUAAGAUAAUUCUUCUCACUAAGCAGAGUUUAUGUUAGAGUGUUUUACUUGUUUUAAGGGUUUUGGUCCUAAAUGAUCUCAGUAAGAUAUUACAGAUUGUUGCUGAGAUUUGAUGACCUAUAUUGAGUAAAACAUGCUUGAAACUAGAA